AUGGAUUCCUUAUCUAAAACUGCAGAUAUUGAGACUGGUGUUAGUGGGUGUAUUAGUGAGGAAGAAGAUGAAGAAGAAGAACAAAGGGCUGUUUAUUCCAAGACUUGCUACAGGUCUCUGGUAAGAACUGAUGGAUCCAUUGAAACAACUAUGAACAGCAGUAGCAACGUUCAUGUUUUGGAUGAUGUGAAAUUGUUUGAGACAAGAACUAAAGUAGUUAAGGAGAAAAAAUCGUCUAAAAAACCUCCAAGGCCUCCUCGAUCUUCAAAACCUUUGUCACUUGAUGUUGCUGAUCAGAAGCUAAUCAUAGAGAUUUCUCAACUUAUAAUCUUGAAACGGGCUAGAGUUGAGAGAAUCAAAGCACUCAAGGUUAAAUCUGUCAAAGCUGCUUCAACAUCGGUUAAUGGCAAUCUCUUUGCCAUGAUAUGCACAAUCCUCUUCUGUGUCGUCCUCAUCUUCCAAGGAGUUUCCUCUAGAAGAAGGAUCGAUACAGCGACGGGCUUUCCGAGUUCUCGGGUAUCGUCUGAAAUUGUCGGUUAUGAGUUGCCAAUUUCACCACUAAAUUAG